AAUAAACACAGCAAAAAACCAUUCACUCUUCAUACUCUAAAAGCUUAAGCAUUUCCCAUUGUUAUAUAUAUUUCUCACAAAAUGGCAAAACUUGUCCUUUCCCUGAUUUUACUUCUCAUCAUCUCUACCUUUGUUGUUGAGGGUGCUAUUGUGCCUAAGUUCAUAGAGUUACAGUGUAGGCGCACUCGUUAUCCAGAUCUAUGUGAGAGAUCUCUAGCAAACCAUGUAAAUCCAACAUCACAAGAUCCACAAGAAAUAGCUCAAGUUGCUUUGAAAGUAAGCAUAGUUAAGGCAGUAUACACAAAAAUCUACUUGAGAAAAGUGUCCAAUGAACUCAAACAAAACAAAGCCAAGGAAUAUCAAGCCGUGGAAGAUUGUUUAGAUCAAAUGUCUGAUAGUGUUUCUCAGCUCACAAAUUCAUUUAAAGAGCUUCAACGUAUGGAGAGUGCAGACGCAGAAGGAGAUUUUGUAUGGUGUCAAAGCAAUGUCCAGACUUGGCUUAGUACAGUCUUGACUGAUACAUAUAUUUGCAUGGAUGGGUUUUCUGGUUAUAGUAUGGGUGGUAAGGUGAUGGCUACAAUUAAAGCUAGGGUUCUUAAUGUUGCUCAAGUUACUAGCAAUACUUUAGCCUUGUUUAAUGGAUUUGCAGCUUGGCAUAAGGCUAAUUCUAAUGGUGGUAGCUAUGGGAAAAAUGAGCCUUAAAAGGUUUCCACAUAUUAAUCUUCGUACAUGAGAGUACUGUUUUAGCUAGUUGUGAUGUGAACUUUAAUUUAUGUCUUGGUGUUGUAUACAUAGCAUAUAUUUGUAAACAUAAGUAAGAUCAUGAAUUGUGCAAAUGAUAUUUUGUAUAUGUAUCAUGUAAAAGAAAAGAAAUAAUUUUGAUUGGUUAAGUGACAAUCUUUUGUUA